AUGUGGGCCAGCGGAGAGCCAGAGUUCAGACGCUGCAGCUGGACCAAAACACACACCAUUUUCUCGCUGCUCGGCUUGGACCACGCCUACGUCACCAGCAUCGGGCGCCUCAUCGGAGUGGUGUCUCUCAAAGAGUUGCGUAAAGCCAUCGAAGGCUCCGUGACCGUGAAGGGGGUGAAAGUGCGCCCCCCUCUGGCCAGUUUCCGGGACAGUGGCACAAGCAGCAGCGAGGCGGAAGCCACGGAGCUCCACAAACUCUGGGACCGCCACAAGAGCAUGUCCCUGCCCCGCGAACACACCGCCACCACCCCCUCCUCCGAAUCGGACGAGAAAUCGAACUGA